AUGGCUACCGCCGGCUUACCGAGGGUUACCUGCCAAUUUCACCGAAGUAGCCUCAAGAAGUCCGUGAAGCUAUUUUCCGGAUAUGGGCAGGGAAUUAAGUACUCACGUUGUCAGACGCAUCCCCGCGACAAAGUGCACUGUGUCGAUUCCUUCCUACCGAAGAGUACUCACGAGUACUUCAUUGUUAGCACUGAACUGGAUAUUCGUUCGGGUAUACUCGUGCAGCUCCAAGACAUAGAAGGUCUAAAUCGCUUGGUCGACACAAUCGCCAAUGAGAACGGUCGCAUAGACGGUUGUAUUGCUGCAGCCGGAGUCCAGCAGGUCGCUCCGGCUACCGAAUACGACCUCAAGGACGUGAACAAAAUGCUCGAUAUCAACUACACCGGCGUCUUUGCGACUGCCACGACCGUGGCCCGCAAGAUGCUCGAGUACAAAUGCCACGGCAGUAUCUGCCUCAUCGCUAGUAGGUCUGGGACUAUUGCCAACAAGGGCCUCAUUUCACCUGUGUACAACUCAUCAAAGGCAGCCGUCAUCCAGCUCGCCAAGAACCUGGCCAUGGAAUGGAGUCCUGUCCGUGAGGAUGGCAGCGGCGGCAUCCGCGUCAACUGCCUCAGUCCAGGACACAUUUUAACGCCCAUGGUAGCGAAGAACCUAGAGGAUGAGCCGGGUCUCAAGUACAAGUGGUGUCGCGAGAACAUGAUGGGCCGGCUUGCCGAGACGAGCGAGUUCAAGGGCGCUGCGCUCUUCCUGCUGAGCAAGGCGAGCAGCUUCAUGACGGGGAACAACUUGGUCGUGGACGGCGGUCACACGGCGUGGUGA